AUGAAGAAGAACAGUAAGAUGUAUGAAGAAGAGAUCAAUAAGUAUAGAGAGUCUUCGGAAACCGAGGAAGCGAAGGUAUCAGAGGAAGAGUUGUGUAAUAAGGAUCCUAAAGAGAUCACAUGGGAAUGGAUCAACCAAAAACUCAAAGAAGUUGUGUCUGCACGUGGAAGGAAAGGAACUGCUAGAUCUGAACUGAUUGAUCAGCUCACACACCUGAUGAGACUGGCCAAAACUCCAGCGCAGAAACUCGAGAUCUUGUUCGGUCUUGUCUCCGCACAGUUCGAUGUGAAUCCUGGUCUCAACGGACACAUGCCUAUCAACGUCUGGAAGAAGUGUGUGAACAACAUGUUUACAAUACUUGACAUACUUGUUAAGUACGAUAACAUCGUCGUCGAUGACACGGUUGAGCAAGACAAGAACGAAACUUCGAAACCAGAAGACUAUGAUGGGAAGAUUCGUGUCUGGGGGAAUCUUGUUGCAUUCGUGGAGAGGAUAGACGCUGAAUUUUUCAAGAGUUUGCAGAGCGUUGAUCCUUAUACACGUGAGUAUGUGGAGAGGUUGAGAGAUGAGCUGGUGUUUUUAGCUCUAACUCAAAACAUACAAGACUACUUUGAGCGGUGUGGUGACUUUAAAUCUGCGGCAAAGGUGGCGUUAAGACGAGUUGAGUCACUUUACUACAAGCCUCAGGAAGUUUAUGACGCUAUGAGGAAACGAGCUGAGCAAGAAGAUGAUAGUAAUGGACCUGUUGUUCCUCGUAAGCCUACUUUUCCAGUGAGUAGUCGAGCUAUGAUGGAUGGCCUCGUCUCACUUAUUUACAAAUAUGGAGAUGAAAGGACUAAAGCACGUGCGAUGUUAUGUGAUAUCUACCACCAUUCUUUAAUGGACAAGUUCGGAACUGCUAGGGACUUGUUGCUGAUGAGUCAUCUUCAGGACAACGUUCAGCAUAUGGACAUCUCAACGCAGAUCCUCUUUAACAGAUCGAUGGCUCAGCUUGGUCUCUGCGCAUUCCGAGUUGGAAUGUUUACCGAGGCUCAUAGCUGCCUCUCUGAGCUGUGUUCUGGUCAAAGGGCGAGGGAAUUGCUUGCUCAAGGUGUCUCCCAAAGUAGAAAGGAGAAGACUCCUGAACAGGAAAGAUUGGAGAGGAGAAGGCAGAUGCCGUAUCACAUGUACAUAAACCUUGAGCUUCUUGAAGCUGUUCAUCUCAUAUGCGCCAUGCUACUGGAAGUCCCUAACAUGUCAGCCAACUCUCAUGAUGCCAGACGCAAGGUGAUUAGCAAGAAUAUCCGUCGCCUGCUUGAGAUCAGCGACAGGCAAGCAUUCACUGCUCCUCCUGAGAACUUCCGUGACCAUGUCAUGGCAGCAACUCGAGCUCUCUCCAAAGGAGACUUCGAAAAGGCUGUUGAGGUUUUAAGCUCUCUUGAUAUAUGGAAACUGCGCAAGAAUCGCGAAACCGUUCUUGAUAUGGUGAAGGCUAGGGUCAAAGAGGAGGCGUUGAAGACUUAUCUCUUAAGAUACUCAUCCUCUUACGAGUCCCUACGUCUAGAUCAUCUUGCUAACAUGUUUGGUCUCUCUGAGAACCAAGUCCACAGCAUCGUGAGCAAGAUGAUGAUCAGUGAAGAACUCCAUGCAUACUGGGACCAACCUACACAUUGCAUCCUCUUCCACGAUGUCCAGCACAACAGGUUGCAAACGUUGGCUUUCCAGUUAAUAGGAAAACUUGCUGUUCUUGCGGAGAGUAAUGAAAAAGCAAUGGAGGCUAGGACCGGUGGAUAUGGAGGAAGAGGUGGAACAGAGAACAGGGGAAUGCAGAUGGACGGCACGAGCCGUAUGUUAAGAGAUUUUGAUCUCUUUGGUGGUUCUCUUCGAAGGAAACGACGAAUUCUCUCCCUCUCGGUGGAUCUCGUCGAAGUAACCGGCGAUUUCUCUCCCUCUCGGUGGAUCUCGUCGAAGGAAACGGCGAUUGCUCUCCCUAUCGGUGGCUCUUGUCGAGGAUGGAAGACGGUGACCUCUCAAUCGGUGGAUGUCUUCGAGGAAGCAAAACGGCUCUGUCUCUCUCGUGGUGGCUCUCUGAGACGAAGACAAAUGGCGAUUGUUUCUGAAGGGAAUCCAAAGGUAAAACGUCUCUUUGUUUAUUUCAACUAUGCUUGUCUUUGA